GUCGUCACUCAAAUCAUUUAGGACGUCACAAUUAAAUUUUUUCGUAGUUUUGUAAUUUGUUUCUCUUUGAAUGAAAUCGCUAAAGUUGAAUUAGUAAACUGAAAUUUUAUUUAUUGAAAUAAAUAAUAUUACUAUAUAUAUUUUAAUAUACAUUUUAGGAACUUAUUAACAACAUAAACAAAAUGAACGUUUUAUGGACUAAACAGGAGCUGCAUAAAAUAUUGAGUAAAGAAACAGUGACGGUGCAUGCGCAUGCUUCUGGCGAUGGGUGCUCAGCCCCGAGCCGCUGCUGUCGGCUCUGCGGCGGCGUCAACAGCCUGCGCAGCAUUGGAGACACUUAUGUGUGGGAGGGAGUUGAAUCCAGAUAUGACCAACAACUGUACGACUGUUUUGGAGUCACGGUAUCGUCCCCAGACUGUCUAAUCUGCGGCUGCUGCGUGCAGCAGUUGAAGAGUACGGAACAGUUUCGGGCACUGGUUCACGCAGCGUUUGAUAAACCGGCUAGUGAAAGUACAUUAAAAUCGGAGCACUUCAAUGAGUUACCCAAAAAAUUUUUAACGGAACACACCUAUGUCGUGACUGAAAAAGAAUUACCAAAAGCCAUGUCUCGUCCUCAGAUAAUCUCGCAUUUUCCAAACAAAAAAAAGAACUUUAAACUUAAAAGUGCCUUAAAAAAGACGUGCAGUUUAAGAAGGGUCAAUGUGGCCUGUACAAUAUGCCGUCAAAGGUACCCUGCCAUGGUUCCUAAACUUAGAUGUGAGAAUUUCAUUUGUUCUCGAUGCAAGAAGAAGUCGAUGAAAACUGAAGUCUGUAGGAAGUGUACCUUAGUUGUGCCAGAAAAUAUGAUGGAGAAGCACUUGGAGUUGCAUCUGAAAUCUGAUAAACGCGCUAAUAGCAGGUUACUCAGCCAGAGAAAAACGCAGCAAGUACGCGCUGAGAGUAAACCAAAAACCACAUUGUUACCAAAAUAUAAAUGCAGCGAAUGUUCAAAACAAUUCGAAAUGGCUGUAAACCUAAUAAACCACACGAAACUGAAUCACGGACAUAAUUUGAAAUGCGUUUGCGCCGUGUGCGGAAAGGAAUUCAAAAAUAAAUAUAAACUGAACGUGCAUUUAAAGGAACACACGGGCCCGAUAUUCCAAUGUCGAAAUUGUAUGACAGCCUUCAUGAAUAAUCGCGCUUUGCAAACGCACAGUUAUAGGUGCAAAGCAGGGAUGUUAUGGAUAUGAAAUUUCGGAUAUGGAUACGGAUAUGGAUAUAGGAAUAAAAUUAUAUCGGUUUCG